UUUUAAACUCGGCGGCUUCCGUAGAAAGACGUAGGCGGAAGCACAUUUCCGUGUCGGGGUGUGUCCAUGGUCUAGUAUAUAUCUGUCAGAAACUAAAGGCUUGGUGCUCAGGUUUACCGAGAUAAGUAACUCCCUGACGCGGCAGAACAAGCGACUGGCAGAAACCAUGGCAUCCCUCAACCCCGUGUCCAAGGCCAACACCAGCUUCUCUCUGGAUUUGUUCAAGAAGCUGAGCGACAAAGACAAAACGGCAAACGUCUUCUACUCUCCGUUCAGCAUCUCUUCAGCUCUAGCCAUGGUGAUGCUGGGAGCCAGAGGAAACACAGCCUCACAGAUGAAUGAGGUUCUCUGCUUCUCAAAGGCAGGGAAGCAGCAUCCGCAGGCUAAAGGAGCGCAGCAGAUGAUGCAGAUGCAGCAGACCCAGUCCAGUCUGCCUCCUCAACUGAAGAGCCUGAAACUUCUGGACUCCAAGGAUGAUGUCCAUGCCAGCUUCGGUCACCUGCUGAGUCAGCUCAACAAGCCGAACGCCAGUUAUGCUCUGAGUGUGGCUAACAGGCUUUUUGGAGAGCAGACCUACCAGUUCAUCGAGGACUUCCUGGGAAACACCAAGAAGCACUACAGCGCAGAGCUGGAGAAGGUGGACUUCAUAAAGAGUUCUGAAGCAGCCAGGCUCAACAUCAAUAGCUGGGUGGAGAAACAGACACAAGGGAAAAUCAAGGACAUCCUGGUCGAGGGCGUGCUGAACGACCUGACCAGACUUGUGCUGGUCAACGCCAUCUAUUUCAAAGGGAACUGGAACAAGAUGUUUGAUGCAAAGGAAACUCGUGACGCUGAGUUCAGACUGAACAAGAACACUAAGAAGACAGUGAAGAUGAUGUACCAGAAAUCCAAGUUUCCUCUGACCUUCAUCCCUGAAAUCAACUGCCAGAUCCUUGAGAUGCCCUACAAGGACAAGGAGCUGAGCAUGCUCGUCUUCCUGCCUAAUGACAUGGAGGACAGCACCACCGGCCUGGAGAAGCUGGAGAAAGCCCUGACCUACGAGAACUUCAUGGAGUGGACUCGUCCAGACAUGAUGAACGAGGUGGAGGUCAGGGUGGGCUUCCCUCGGUUCAAGAUGGAGCAGAAGUAUGACAUGAAGAGCGUCCUGAUGAGCAUGGGCAUGGAGGACGCUUUCAGCAUGUCAAAGAGUGACUUUUCUGGCAUGUCUCCUGCCAACGACCUGGUGCUCUCCGAAGUCUUCCACAAGGCCUUCGUGGAGGUCAACGAGGAGGGAACGGAGGCGGCUGCUGCCACCGCGGCGGUCAUGAUGCUGCGCUGUGCCCUGAUGCCAGCCGCCUUCAUCGCAGACCACCCCUUCCUCUUCUUCAUCAGACACAACAGCUCCAUGAGCGUUCUGUUUGCGGGCCGUUACUGCGCCCCUCAGUGAAGUUCCCUUUAGCAAAUCACACCUUCAUUUCCUGUCUGUCAGAGUCUUGGGUUUAGUGACAUUUUAAGAAUCAUUUGACACUCUGGCUAUGUUCUGUGCCUUACUACGGAUUGAUAUUUUUGCACUAAUCUACUUAUAAAGAUGGAUUGUUAUUCCUGCUGCUUUCUUCUACCUUAUUCUCUUCGUAUCUAGUCAAGUUUAUUGCAUUUUACACGCGUUGUUUGCACUAUUCUGCUCAACCCAAACCAAAGAAUUGAACUUUUAUACAUGUACUUGGAACCAUCAUGCAUUUUAAACUGGAUAAAAACAAUAAUGUAUAUGAAGAUUUUUGCUCGCUGCCAUGUCACUGACAUGUACUCUUUACACGUGAAAUAAAAGUGUGCAGUUUGCUGAA